UUUUAUUGAGACAUUCCCAAGCUCUUUGCUGUAGUGAACUGCAUUGUCUCGUAUUUUUGUAUAGUAAUAGUUUUUGUCGACCUUUUCAUUCGACACCGCGUUUCCUGCCAUGCUCGCAAGUGCUUACGUUAAUACAAAACCGCUCUGACUGAAUGCCUUUAUGCCUUUUUGACUACGGCCGUGUUUGGAGGUGUAUUAAAAGAUGUAUUAUCUUAUAAAUGCUAAACAUCUAUCGUGGGACCGUUUCGAACAAAUUAUGAAGUGCAAAAAACAUGCGUAUUGUUAAACAGGAAUCAGAGCAUUUGCUGCGUUGUGUUUAGACAAUUUUAUUUCAUUACUAUAGGUAAUGUUCGUUUUGGUGUAUCGGUAAUAUUGGAUUUUUGUACAAAACAAGUUUAAGUAAAGUGUUUGAACAAGUGAGCGUGUAUUGUCAAGAAAGAAAAUCUUUAGAUUGCGCCAAAUGGAAUCAAUGACAGGUCGCAUUCUGUACGAUGUGCCAUGUGCCGUGUGCCGCGAUCACUCGUCGGGAAAGCAUUACGGCGUAUUUGCAUGUGACGGGUGCGCUGGCUUUUUCAAAAGGUCCGUCAGGCGAGACCGUCGCUACACCUGCAAGGCACGCAACCCUGGCGGGUGUGUGGUUGAUAAAGCACACCGAAAUCAGUGUCGAGCGUGUAGACUUGCCAAAUGCCUGGACGCUGGAAUGAAUAAAGACGCUGUUCAACAUGAAAGAGGUCCUAGAAACUCUACGAUUAGACGACAAAUGGCAUUAUUUUUGAAGGAUCCUGCGUUACCAACACCAGAAAUGGGACUCACAGUUCCACCUCCAUUAGAUUUAGCGGUACCCAAGCACAACUUUAUGUCCCCGCCGCAAAAUUCCUUAUUCCAACAUCCGUACCCGUUCAAUAGAAUUCAUAUGAUUAAUCCUUCCGUAGUCAACAUAUCACUGAAAGCGCCUUCGCCUCCACCUAUCACAGCUGCCUUGUUAUCUCCAAAGGAUCCAGAAGCGAUGUGCGAAGCUGCAGCUAGAUUACUGUUCAUGAACGUUAAAUGGGCAAAGAAUGUUCCCGCGUUCGCAUCAUUAUCAUUACCAGACAGGCUACUGUUAUUGGAAGAAUCUUGGAAGGAUUUGUUCAUAAUCGGUUCAGCUCAGUUUUUGUACCCAUUGGACCUCAAGAUUCUAUCUGAAGGAAACGCCAGAAUAGAUAGCCGAGACGUGGAAAUGUUCGAAACUUCAUUAGCCGAAAUUGUUAAAGUCCAUCCAGAUAGUAACGAGUAUGCCUGUUUAAGAGCAAUUGUACUGUUCAAAACGAGCUUUGUAGAUGUUAAUAUAUUAUGCAGAGGUCAGUCACAGAUAGGCUCUGAAUAUAAGAGGCUUCAAGAUCUCCCCGCGGUUGCAGCGUUACAAGACCAUUCGCAAUUAGUACUAAAUGAGUAUACGACAAGGACCUAUCCGCUGGACCCAUCUAGACUGAGUCAAAUCCUACAGCUACUGCCGGUCAUUAAGAGAGUCUCUAAUCUCAUUAUAGUCGAGCUGUUUUUCCGUGCGACCAUUGGGGAGAUACCUAUCGAAAGAAUAAUCGGUGACAUGUAUCGUACUACCAAAGAUACGAUUUAAUUAUUUAUAAGACUGCGAAUUCAUUGAGAGACUUAACUGCUUUUUGUUUCCAAUACUAAAAAUAAAGUUGGCCAAUCAAUUGUCUUAAAUAAAAUCCGCAAAAUAAAUUGACUCACAAUACAUAAGGCUUAAAAUAUCGGUUAUCAUAUUAUAUAAUGUGAAUUCUUCAUUAUUCAGUGCCAGUUUUGUGUUUGUGUUGUCUCUUUUUUUAAUAUUUCUAUGUACCAAGAGUAGUAGUGUAGUAGUAAUUGUAGUAGUAGUUGUAGUAAUAAGUAGUAAAAUUAAUUUAUAAUUGUUCGGUACUCUAACUCUCUUGUACUUUAAGGAUUUAAAGUUAAUUUGAGUGUGUAAUUAAUGUACAGUGUAGUCUAAUCAUUUAAUCUAGGUAGGUAUUGAACAGUAAAAUAUAGUUAUAAUCUAAGGAUUGGUACAGAUUAUCAUAUAUGUUUGUUUAAAGAUCUUAGAAAACAAUGUGUGUCGGUAUUCGAAGUGAUUAGAAAUAUCUAUCUACCGUGAAAUAUUGAUGUCGAAGUAUCGCAAAUCAUAUUUAUUUCUUGUGACAGAAUUAGAUGAAUGAUUCAUCAUAGUUUUACUCGUAAAAUUAUAAAACUGAAUGUGAUGUAUCUAUUUAUAUUAAGGAGUAUCAACGAUAAUAGAAUCUAUAAAUAUUUAUGAUGGCUAGAUAUUAGAGAUAACUACAUAUUGUACUAAUAGAUCCAUAUGAUACUAUGGGAAAAUAUAUAAUAGAAAAUAUUUAUGUUUUAGUUAUUUUACUUUUUAGCUAUUUCUUUAAUUGUUACGCAUGAGAAGAUAAAUUAAUAACAUAAAUUAGAUGAAGUAAUGAAGAUGAAUUCUUGUAUCGACUUGUUUCUCUUUUAAAAUUGUAGUUAGUCUGAAAGUAUUAUUAGUAUCUCAAUUUCACUGAAUUACCAGUGAAUUAUUAACAAUCGAAUAAUCUCUGGUAUUGUAUCUUCAUAAUAAAUGAUAUAUUAAUAUUUUAAAUGGUAAAUGUCACCGGAUUCUUUAAGGUAUCCUAUUUAUUUUAAUGUAUCAUGAUUUACUCAAACUUUUUUACUUCAUAAGCCGAUGUGGUGCUAAUAACAAUAAUUAAAUAUAAAAUUAAGUAGAUUAUAUAAUAUGUAAAUUGUUGUAAAUAGAUAAGUUGUUGAAAUAUGUGUCAUUGAGGAAGUAAUAGUUGUAGGUUUAUUUCUAGUUUACAUGGUUCUUUAAUUCGCUUUAUUACUGAUUAAUAUGACAUUUGAUAAUAGCCUACAAUUAAGUUCAUAUGACGCAAAUACUGUAAUGUCCCAAGACAAAAGUUUGUGACCAGUGUGUUUUCAUUAGUGAGACGUGUUCUUUCAUAAUGGGCCCAAUUAAAAGGCUCAAAGUCACCCAGAGAGCAAUGAAGAAGGCUAUGCUCGAAGUUUCCCUGCGAGAUUGAAUGAACAGAUUUGCAAUAGAGCCAUGAUAACUACCAUAUCCCGAACGAUGGCGAGGUUGAAGUGAUAGUUUGGGCCAAAAAGUUUUCAAACGUCCACUACCCCCCGGAAGACAGCGUGGGUAGCUCUCCCAUAAUGUGGCCCGGAGAACUGCGGAAGAUCGCUUGGAAUCCGCUGAAUCCGAGCAGCCCAAGAUCGGUAAUUAUGGCGAAUUGUAGGCAGCGGCUUGGCUCUGGCCCUGGCAUUACUGAAGUCCGUGGGCGACGGUAACCACUCACCAUCAGGUGGGCCGUGUGCUCGUCUGCCUUUAAGGGCAAUAUAAAAAUAAGAACUCUGCGCCUGUCUGUCAAGUCAAAAAUAGGCUUAUAAAAAUAAUGAAAAUCGUGUAUUGUUCUAUAAAAAUAUAAAUCGAUUGUUGUUGUUACCGAAGUGUAAGUAAUAAGUUUUAGUUGAAGUUGUGUAACAUAUUACAUUCAACAUGAAACAUUUUCUAGCAUUUUAAUAGCGUUUCUAUUUAAGUAAAAUUUAAUAAUAUAUCAACACGCUUGACUAUAAUAUAGAACAUGAGCUAUGAUGUAACGAUUCUAGUGAUUUAAUCCUUUUCGUGGCACAAUUCGAGUUCGAUCCUCGGCCUGAGUCAGUCAGCCAACCUUUGUUGCAGAUUUUGGUCAGGGAUUUUAUCUCGAAUUUAAUUUCUUUAUCGGCCUGUUGUCUCUACUUCAUAAAUGCUCUCAAAGAACAAUUCUUAUUUUGCUAAAGUGUAAAUUUAUGGUAAUUCGUGUACAUACAUUAAAUUCCUACAUUCAUUACCUAA